AAAAUAAAGGUCAGAGUUAUUAAUUUAAUCUCAGAAUUUUGACUAUUUUACAAUAUUAAAAAUAACUUUUUCUUCCGUAUGAAACGGAAGAAAUCUGUAUGCCGGAGACCUUUAACUCUUGUCGCCAUGGUAACAGCACACUUAGUAAAGCAGCUAACGCUAGGAGUUUUUGAAUUUAGCUAACGUCUCUACGGGCAGCUGGAUGCUACGGUUGUCAUUCAGAAGCGUUUAGGGAAAGAUGGAAAGCUUCAUAUAUGACUCGGGAACAAAAACUGUCCAUGAAUCGGCGCAGGGUGUGGUUCUCCGAGCGGGUAAAGACCUCCCUGUUGUCGGCGACCUCAGGGUCCUGGACAACCUGCGGGCCCUGGAGGAGGCCUGCCGGGUGUCCUCCUGCUUCUUCGGGAAAGUUCAGAAGGACAUCCUGCCGCACAUGAGGAGGAUUGUCACCGUGUGGAUGUUAAAGGUGUGUGAGGAGCAGCUGUGUGAAGAGGAGGUGUUUCCGCAGGCGGUGCAUUACAUGGACUCUUACCUGAGCCGUUUUCCUAUCGAGAGGUCCAAGCUGCAGCUUUUAGGGGCGGCUUGCAUGUUCAUAGCCUCCAAAAUGAGAGAAACUGUCCCCCUGACAGCUGACAAGCUUUCUGUCUACACAGACAACUCUGUCUCAGUCUCAGAUAUUUUGCAGUGGGAGGUGGCGGUGGUGUCCAGGUUAGGCUGGUGUCUGGCCUCUGUGGUCCCCUCUGACUUCCUGGAGCCCAUUCUUCAUGCUCUCCCUUUCGUCCAGGCCCCUCACCUCCAGCACAUCCGCCGACAUGUUCACUCCUACAUCGCUGUGGCAACAAUGGAUUGCAGGUUUUUAUCCUUCCUGCCCUCUACUCUUACAUGUGCCUGUGUGAGCACCGCCAUACAGAAAGUAAAGAUGGUGGACAGCCACAACUUAGAGUCAGUUAUCAAGUUUUUGGCCAGCCUGUUGGCUGCUGAUCUGAGUACUCUCAUCUGCUGCUGCGAGCUGUUAAGAAGCGUGUUGGAGCUCAGUCUGCCCUCCUGUUUCUAGGAGGGAGUUGGCAGGAGAGAAGCACACAGUUCAGAGAUCAGCUACACUCCUGCAGACAUCCAGGAUGUUAUCCUGACACCGCUUAUACCAUCUCAGGAAAUUAAGCUCAAACAUUCCUCCCUGCCAUGAACUAUUCAGAUGAUUUAAACAGAAGCCAGAAGACUAAAUUUGGGAAACAGCGGAGUUCUAUCCACGCCCCAAUUUCUAAAUGUUAUUUUCUCAAUAUAAUGAAUGAAAAAAAACAAACCUGUUGUUGAAUUUAUAUUGUAUUUAAAAAAAAUAUCUGUUCUAAAAAUUCUGAUUGCGCUUGCAAUUAAUCUGUGAUACUAAGCUGCACUUCAACCUUGACAGCAAUGUUUGAUUACUUUCUACAACAGUCUGUUUGAGUUUCUUUGUACCUCAUCAGCUGCUCUGAUAAGUUGAAACUGAUGUUGUUGCACGUUUCCAACAACUCUCACCUUAAAUGAGUCCAAUUUAAAAAAGAAACUAAACAUUCAUGUGGAUCACAAACAACAUUAGUCAGCAAAUGAACAAAUGAGUUCUUUGGGGGUUUUUUUAUUGAUUUCUUCAUCCCAGGAAUGUAGAUCAAACAAACCAAUGACAAGCUGGAAACUUUGGCCAGCACAGACAUCAUAACAUGCAUGAGCAGAGCCUCCGAACUUUCACCUUCUCUGAGGAGAGGAAAAAGUCAAAAUGCCCACAUACACCGUACUCUAUUCAAUGAAAGUGCCUUUGUAAAGUUGCUUGUUUGCCUUAUAACUUCCAGUUGAAACAUGAUUUCUUGUGAACAUACGCAGGCGAUCUGUUCCUGAUGAUCUACAAUAAAACUACCACAUUAAUUUAAAGCCAAAAGAUUUUUUUAACAGCAGCAUACAUGUGCAGCUUUGACAUUAAAGUUAAAGGUCAUAAAAUUUCUCUACCACACCUAUCUUAAUACCAGUAGGAAUUAGGCAACCUGUGUGUAUUGUAUACUUUUUUAACCAAACAAUAACAUUUUUCUUGCUUAAAAACAAAACAAAAACAGUAGACGAUAUUAUCCAGAGCCAAACUGAUAUGGGAGAAUUUUUAGGCUUAAAUAAAAAUAAUAAUAUCAUCUGCAUAUAUGGUUAUUCAUUCCGAGUUUUACCCUGAUACAAGUCAAAAUAUUCCAACAGCUCACACUCUGUGCCCAAUCCUUACGUAGAUAUGCAGAGACAAACAAGCACGUGUUUCUAUUCCUGUGCCAGAAACAAAGACUUGGUGCGCCUCGCCCUCUCUUAGAACCUCCCACAUGCAUGCAAAUAGUCAGAAGGCACCUGUUCAUAUGCAUUAGCGCAAGCUAGGAGGCAAAAGCAGGUUUGACUGGUCACACCUGUUGAACCCUGUAAUUUUUUUUUUCAAGUUAUUAUCCAAACAAGUAAUUUCAGGGA